GAGGAAGAGAGAGAAAGAGAGAGAGAGAGAGAGAGAGAGAGAGAGAGAGAGAGAGAGAGAGAGAGAGAGAGAGAGAGAGAGGAGAGAGAGAGAGAGAGAGAGAGACAGAGACAGACAGAGACAGACAGAGAGAGGAAGACAGAGAGAGAGAACGAAAAAAAGGAGUCGGAAUAAAGACGAGAAGAUAAUUAAAUGAAUUAACACACACAAAAAAUAAAAUAAAUAGAUAAAAAAAAACACACACACAAAAAAUACCCAUAAACACUUACCACUAUUGCUCUUAUAACUAUUACCUUUAUGAAGGAGAUUAAAAAAAAAAGAUGAAAAAAAAAUUAAAAUGGUUGACAGGAGAGAAAACGACUGAAAGAGAGAGCUUAACAGAAAGGAUAAACCAACCAUUACAAGUAUUAAUAUUAACACUUCCAUUAGCUGUACGAUAAGACUGUACAUAUUUAUCUGUAUGUAUGUGUUUGCCUUGUUAUACGUCGGGCAGGUGAGGGUAG